CGUCCAAUCAGCUUUCUUCCUUCCUGACAGCUGGCCAAUCACAGCGCCCACGUUCAGGGUGAAAACUGUUCAACAUGGAGACAACAGUUGAAAAGCUUGAGGCGAUGUUUCUGAAGGCAGAGGCAGACCUGGAUUACAUUGAGAAGCGGUUGAAGCUGGACUUCAUCAACAGCAGUGCAGAAAAUGGAUGUCCAGCUGAGAACAACCUGGCAGUGGUGCUGGAGAACCUGAAGUCUAUAAAGUCCAAACACUCAGCCCUGUGCUCGCAGGUGAAGGAGCUCACGAGUGCACAGAAGGAGUCUGUAGACUCGAUCAGAAACAACCUCAGCGGCGUCAUGGAGCUGCUGCAACACUUUGAACAGACCACUGAUAUGGAGGUUGGGACACUGACCGAGUCAGAGCGAGAGUCUGUAGCACUGCUAAGUGCUGUCAGUCGCACCACAGCCGAGGUGUGUUCAGCUGUAGCAGCUUCUCACCACGCGCAGCCACAAAGCAGUGAGUGUGAGGAACUGACUGCAGCCAUGCUGGAGUCGCUCCCCCCGAGCGUACGCUCCAACAUCAAGCUAAACUGA